GAAUAGGAUUGGAUAAAAUUGGAUUAGUCUUGUAUAGUGCUGAUGCUAUUUCUAGGCUAACUGAUAUACAAGUUCAAAAUAUAAUAAAAUUUUAUACUGAUGAACUAGUCAAAUCUCAGAGAAGCAGGCAUAGUGAAAAAUUAAUCAGCAAAAUAAGUGUAUUAGAUGAUUCUUCAGACUUUAACUCAGAAUUUUCCGAUAGUGAUGAAAAUUCUCAUGAUGAAAUAAACAAGGAAGUUAAGGCUUUAUUGGAAAUCAAGAUAAAUGCAUUAUCUGAAAAGUCAAACAAUUUGACUUAUAAUCAUGCUUAUUUCU